UGUGGGAGAAUUCGCAUUGAUCCCAUUAACACCAAUAUGAUACGACUUCUUUCCUUUGCUGUUUGCUGUAUCAUAAUAAAAGUGUCAGCAGAUGAGUGUACCAGUUAUAAAACCUUAAUUGAGGACCAUAGAAGUACGUUAGCAGUGCCGACAGGGACGGAUAGACUUCUUUGUGAUAGGGCACUGCCAUUAGACUGGUACCGUUUCACUAAUGGCGAUAUGCCAACGUCAUGUGUUCCUACGUACCACUGUGGCACACAGAUUCCUAUUUGGCUAAAUGGUCAACUCCCCACUGUCCAGGGAACGAUCGUCAGCCUACAAGCAUGUUUCAACUACGGUCAAGGAGUUAACCCCGCCGCUUAUGGAGGGAGUACAUGUUGUCACGCCUCGAAACAGAUACAGGUGAAGAACUGCGGGAGUUUCAACGUAUACCAUUUGCCUAGAACACCGGGGUGUCCGAUGGCUUACUGUGCCGGUAACAAACCAGUGUGCAAACGUGGACAGUCUAGCAUCGGGUCGGCAAAUUGUACAGAUUUGUAUCCCAGAAUGACACAUGUCCCUAUCCUAGGUAAGCCUAUUAUCGUCGAUGCACAAGGCCAUGUUGGGAGCACCUGCAGUACAACUGGCAAUGUUAAAUUUCCGUGUCACAUCCCUUACCCCAAGGGGGAACCGGAUGUAUCUUUUGAGGUCACAUGGAUAUCGAACGGACACGAUCCGAUCAUGAUUACAGGAACACAAACUCCAGUAGUUACCACCCUGAACGGCGAUGACAGGGAUGCUUUGCUUGAUGGAAGAUAUAUGAAAGGUCACAUGGGCACAACGUUACAAUGCACAGUGAGAUCAUAUCAUACAAGUACACCUGGAUUGAAAAGUUCAUCUCUGAAAAGUAACGAAUUCUGGGCAGGGAUACAGGUUCACAACAAUUCCAUCACGGUAGAUGAGAAAGGACCUGAGCAGGAUGUUACGGUAGAAUCAACCGUUCCUAUUACCUGUAACAGCCCCUUCCAGCAGACAUGUCAAAUAGGUGUAGAAAUGAAGGCAUCCACUGACCCAAACGAUGUUUCCACUACCAGUUGUACCUAUCAAUUAACAUGUGAUCCUGCUACUCAGACUUACAAAAGUACGAUAAAGGUGACAGCUACACGUGACUUCGUUAAGGAUGGUGACCAGCGGCACGAGCUUGCCUUCCGUCCUAUAAGUAACCCGAUUUCUAAUCCUAUGUGGGACGGUUAUUCAGUGAAACCAAUACAGAUACGGUCUAUAGAUCAGCCUCAUGGUAAAUGUUCAACAAGUGGAGAUCCUCAUGUCUACCAGAUUGACGGUUCGAGAAACAUUGCCGUAAAUGAAAUCGGAGACUUCAUAUUCUAUAAGAGCCUAGCAAGACCAUUCGAGGUCCAAAUCAGAACAUGGGGAUGUGGACACUUCAACCCCUGUAUCUGCUCUGUUAUAGCACGUGAGGGAAAUGACGUUGUAGAAGUUGACAUGUGCGCUAAACGUUUGAAUCAAAUUGCUGCACCACAUCUUUCCCACUGGCCGUUGGCGGGCACAACAGUUGACAAAGAUUCUACAGGGAAACGGUUAGAUAUCAAUUUCCCUUCUGGUGCCCAUCUUAUAGUACGCGCAGCAUCAUACAACCCUAAUAGAAAAGAGACGGACGGAUUUCUGACCCUUAAUCUGCAGGUUCCUACAGACGACCUUGGCAAGUCUGUUGGACUUUGUGGAAAAUACGAUAACAAUCAAAACAAUGAUCUCGUAGGAGCAAAUGGAUAUAAGUAUUCCACAAAUACGAAAGAAAAGUUUGUCCACACGUGGCUUGUGAAUCCCGGUUCGAGCAUGUUUGACCAGAAACCUGCAUACUCGCCGUCAGCCGCAAUCAACAAUACCAACUACUGUCAAUGUGACCACCACAGAGCUGACUGCACUAAAACCAAAGCUAACAACCCACUAGCCCAUCAAUGCGGAAACCUAGCAUGCACGAAUGUCGCGAGCCACGGUGUACACCCGCGUGAUCUGGACUAUCCUGUAGAGUCUAGGAGCCAGCGUGAGAUAAGACAAGUUUACAAGCGCACAAUAACGUCGUUCCCGACCCCGAGCGGGAUGACGGAAGCCAUGGCUAUCAAGUCGUGUACGGACGCCAUCCGGGGAUCCACGCUCUACUCUCGGUGUCAGUCCGUCGUGCUGUCCGAAACUGUUAAUUAUUACAUCGACGCAUGCGUAAUGGAUAUGAUGUACUCGGACAGUGACGUGUUCAACGUCGCUCAUAUGAAUACUUUCGAUUUUGAAUGUCAAGACACUGUCCUCCGAAAUGUAAGUAACUACGCCAAAGGAUCUCAUGGCGAGAGAAUCCUGCCGCCCGAUGUCACCAGUCACGUGUGUCCAAAUCAAUGUAGCAGACGUGGAACCUGUCACGAAGGCACAUGCGUGUGUCACACCGGAUAUACAGGCAAUGAUUGCUCAGUUCCAGUAGGUGUCGCCCCAGUCGCCAGCCAUAUUCGUGGUGAUGGCCUAUGUGACGUGAAAGACCGGCAUUGUAUGAAAGUCCAGGUGAUUGCUCGACACCUCAUGGACGGACCGGGACUCAAGUGUCGGUACAAAAAAGCUGAGAUUGGUAACGGUGUAAUAUUACCCUAUGGACCGUACAUUGAUGCCCCAGCCUUCUUAACAAGCUUCCUGGAGGUCGAGUGUAGCCUACCUGAAAGUGCUGUGUUAACAAAAGACAGUGUCCGUGAGGCCUUUGUAGUGUCUGUGGCAAGUGAUGGUGUGUUGUACAGCUCAGAUCUUACCUUUCUUGUCUACGACGGUUUAUGUCAGAUCUGUGAUAUCUCCGGGAAAUGCACACUAAAGGAUAACGCCUGUCUGAUUGAAAAUGCGUGCCACAGGGUCGGAGAACAGAGCUCUGACGGUGGCUACUGUGACCCCAAUACUGACCCGUACUCGUGGACCAGAAGUACUGUCGUCUCCGAGAUCAACCACUACACAUCGACAGGGUCUGGUUGUCAAUGUGGCUUUGACAAGACUAGGUUUGACUGUGCCUGUUGUACCAAUAACGGCUGUCAGUGUGGAGAUGCUAAACCCCACAUAUGUACCAGCUGUAAUCACUUGGACUCGUGCGCGACUUAUCCUGAUCUCAUUGUCAGAAAUUAAAAUCAUCU